AUGGAGAGACAAACCUCUGAAGAAGUGAAGAAGAAUAUACUUCGGGUGAAAUCUUCAAUACAGGUUGGUCGUUUGUUAGCGUUGCAAGGGCAUGCUUUUAGAGGCCAUGAUGAGUCUAUUGAGUCAACUAAUCGGGGCAACUUUAUCGAGCAUCUUCAAUUUUUAGCCGAUAACAAUGAAGAAAUAGAUAGUGUGGUAUUGGAUAAUGCUCCACCAAAUGCGAAGUACAUAUCACCUGAGAUUCAGAAGCAAAUUCUGCAUGUCUUGGCUGAGAAGAUAAGGACCCAUAUCUUUGAAGAAGUUGGAGAUUCUAAAUUUUCAAUAAUUGUGGAUGAGGCAAGUGAUGAAAGCAAUCAUGAACAAAUGGCGAUUGUUCUUCGCUUCGUUGAUGCUAAAGGGUUGAUACAAGAGCGCUUCUUUUUUUUUGGUGGAAAAGAGCGCUUCUUUGAUAUUGUUCAUGUGGAAGAUACAACAUCAAAGACUUUGUAUUCUGCAAUCCGCUCAGCUCUUUCUUUCUAUAAGUUCCCAAUUCAAAAUCUUCGUGGACAAGGAUAUGAUGGUCUAGUAGCAUGCAUGGUGAGUGGAAUGGAUUGCAGGCAUUAUUUUUGA